AUGCGUGUCGCUGCAACUUUCGCGCCCUUUCUCUCCUCGGUGCUGUGCUGGGUCCCCAGCUUUAUUGAUUCGAGACAGCCGCACGAAACCGCCUUCAACUCCGGUGAUGUAGUACAAUUUCCCGCAGCGUCUCAUCGAGGCGCGGGCGCGCUGUCUCAGAUUGAAGCUUUGCUUGAGGCGAUCGUGGAUGCAGUUCACAGUGGCGACGAACUCGUUAUCCCCUACCGAAGCGUUCGGUCUCCUCAAAACACAAGUGACGCAGGCCUAGUGUCCGCUGACAGAGAUGGCCGCUCGACUGAUGGUGUGAGGUUCCCUGGUCGUACAAUCCAGGAAACCUGGAAGUUCGAAGCUCUAUUUCGCAUCAUUGAACUCUCCCAUGCAGCGCUGCUCUCUGGACACGUCAUAACGAAAAGAAACAUCUAUUACCAGAACCCUGAGUUGUUCAGGUCACAGAGCGCCGUUGACAACAUGGUGGACAACCUCGCCUUCACACUUGGAGUCGGCCGCGAGGAUCUGAACAUUGUCGCUGCUGCCAAAGGUCUCGUUUCGGGUCCGAUUGAUUUGAUUCUCUGUGACGGCUCAAUUCACAGCUGCGAUACUUCCACUGACACAGGGGUGCUGUUGCCAUCCGUCGCUUCGAUCCGUCAGAUCAACUUCCGCGCCGCGCGGUGGCUGCUGGUAAUUGAGAAAGAGGCCAAGGGGUUUCCAGAUCUAACCACCCGGCGUUUUCUGUGCGCUCUCCAUUCCAUUCGGCCUGAUCUGGGCAUAUCUGUUCUGGUUGACUUCGACCCAGACGGGGUGGCAAUUAUGCGGACCUACAGGUAUGGCAGCAAACGCCUUGGGCAUGAAGAGAAUGUCGCAACACCACAGCUCCGAUGGCUCGGUAUCCUCAGCGACGACAUCCUGUUGGACGUAACUUCGGGCGACAACGAGAGCCAGGAAGGCAGCCAGAGUCUGCCCGGCCAAGAAACUUCCAUCCAGGGUUCACAAAAUGAGAGACCUACGAAGAGGGCGAGGGUCACCAAGGCAAACACACCGGCUGAAUCUAUUUCCCCGCUUAGCCAGCGUGACAGGAAGAAGGCGGUUGAAGUGAUGAGAGAGAUUUCGGCCGCAGGAAGCAUGAAUGGUGAUGAAGCAAAUCAGAUGCGGGAACUGCAGCGCAUGUUGAUGCUCAACAUCAAAGCCGAGAUGCAGAUGGUGGACAAUUACGGGGAUAUUACUGGCUGGCUGGACAUAAAACUGACAGUACAGAUCUAG